AUGCAUGAGCUGCAGGAUGACUCCGAGACGUUAUACACCAUCUUCUGUGCCGACCAGACGGCCAACAACUGCCAGAUAGAUGGCGACCUGCCCUUCACAUUUGCAGAGGGCCCCAAAACGCUGCACUUCUCCGGGGCUGAUCCCGGCACAAUAACGGCAGCGUUAGACUGCCAGCUGCAGGGCACAACCGCCGCUGUAUGCAGGGGAUAUUCCUCCUUUGGCGAGGACUACUACGCCGUCACCGGCGCGACCGAGACGGCAUGGACAAGGACCAUGUCCGGCGAUGACAUCCACUGGGGCAUCUUGACCCUGUCGUCUCCGGCGCCGCCUCCGGACACGGUGGACAUUGACGGGACGCCCAUCGCCACGGAGACGUCCCCAGGGGAGACGGCAAACCCAACUGACACGGAGUGGUUCUUCCCAACCUCCACCGGUGGUAGCAGCACGCCGACUUCGACGGUCCCAAGCGCAUUGGCUGCUCCCAGGCUAGAUGGGAGCAUGUGGAGGACGAUGUACGCCGUAGUCAUGGUACUUGCUGUCAACUUCUUAUAG